AUGACAGCACUGAUUUUUGGUCGUGUGAUAGGUGGAGUUGGUGGCACUGAAAUGUGUCUUGGAGCUCUCACGUUGAUAUCGGUGAUCACCAGUCCUAAGGAAACAACAGAAUACAUGGGAUAUCUUUCUGCAACUUGGAGAUGGGCAGGUUUCGGAUUCUAUAUCAACGCACCCGUGAUUUGCAUUUUUAUUCCGGUGCAAAUCUUCAUAAUACCAUCGUACACUCCUCGUCCAACAGAAUCCUUUCUUCCCAAGAUUCAAACCAUAGAUUGGGUAGGCAGCCUAUUUAGCUGCAGUGCUUUCGUUCUUGGUAUCAUAGCUAUCAAUUUUGGAGGCACACUAUAUCCUUGGCACAGCUGGCAAACCAUUGUUUUGUUUGUAGUUUCCGGUGUAUUAUUCGUCGCCCUCUUCCUCCAGCAAUACUUCAACUUCUUGACUACUCAGGCGCUUUGUGUGCUACCGAUACAUCUUUUCAAGACAAAGGACAUGAUCAUAUGCUUCGUGUGCCAAGGUAAGCAAAAUUUAGAUAUACUCUGGACAAUCACUUACACCUCGUAG